GCUUCCAUUAUGUUCCUGUAGCGUUAGCGAGGGCUCGAGUUUAGCUUACACACACACACACUCACACACACACACCUCGUGUAGCUGGUGGCACAGCACUGUAGCUGGGAGUGCAGCUCCGCAAUCAUCCCCGAUACGCAAUCUGGCCGCAAAGUACUAGUGUGUGACGUUGAUUUGCUAGCUUUGCAAGGUCCUCAGUAAGUAUGGCCAUGAGACAGACCCCUCUCACCUGCUCUGGUCACACCAGACCUGUUGUGGAUCUGGCGUUCAGUGGAAUAACUCCUUAUGGAUAUUUCCUCAUUAGUGCUUGUAAAGAUGGCAAACCUAUGUUGCGCCAGGGUGACACAGGGGACUGGAUUGGGACGUUCUUGGGUCACAAGGGUGCUGUCUGGGGUGCCACCUUGAAUACAGAAGCUACAAAAGCAGCAACGGCCGCAGCAGAUUUUACAGCGAAGGUAUGGGAUGCUGUCACUGGAGACGAGGUCCUCACCCUGGCGCACAAGCACAUUGUGAAGUCUGUAAACUUUACACAGGACAGUAACUAUCUCCUGACUGGAGGAAAUGAUAAAGUACUGCGCAUCUAUGACCUCAGCAAACCUGAAGCAGAACCCCAGGAGAUUGCAGGCCACACUUCUGCCAUAAAGAAAGCACUGUGGUGUAACAAUGACCAGCAGAUUCUUUCAGCUGCCGACGACAAAACCAUCAGACUUUGGGACAAGAACACAAACGAGGCGGUGAAGACUUUAUCAUUCGAUGCAUCUGUCAGCAGCAUGGAGUACAUUCCUGAUGGGGAGACUCUCGUCAUCACAUACGGGAGAACCAUCGCUUUCUAUAAUGCCCACAGUUUGGACCUGAUUAAGACCGUAGACGCCCCUGCUUCCAUUCACUCCGCUUCCCUGCAUCCUGAUAAAGACUUCUUUGUGGCUGGAGGAGAUGAUUUCAAGCUUUACAAAUAUGACUACACCACCAAAGAGGAAAUGGAGUCAUAUAAGGGUCACUUCGGGCCUGUGCACUGUGUGCGGUUUAGUCCUGAUGGAGAGCUGUAUGCCAGUGGCUCGGAGGAUGGCACUCUGCGUCUGUGGCAGACAGCUGUAGGCAAAACAUACGGCCUUUGGAAAUGUGUCCUGCCUGAGGAGCUGUCAUCAGAGAACUCUGAAGCGCUUUACUGCCCUCCAGCAGAGAUCAAGGCCUGAGUCAGGAAAAAGAGAGAGACAACGAGGCAAAGGAGGAAAGAUCACGGGACAGGGAGAGGUCAGGGGACGGGACGGGUCAAGAAACCACACCCCAGCAGAGUGCUGUGCCACCACCCUUCUUCACUAGAGACAGACCGCGCUGCCAAGCAUGACUUUUAAACGUGAAGAUGAAACCCACACGUACGCAUUGUGGAAAAUCAGGAGACGGCGGUAGAGCUGAGAGUGCUAGUGCUAAUGCUAAUCCUCCAGCUGCCUGCUCUUUCUUUGAUAGCCAUGAAGCAUCAGUCAGCUCCUUGGUAUAAAAGCGGUCGGUUUCUGCAGCACUGUGAUCACUUUGGUUGAGAUUUACUUUUGUUUUGUUUUAUUUUGGUGUUAUAAUGUGCUUUCAGUACAAUUUGUUUGUUAUCGCAAGAGCUCAGUGUUCAGUUUGAAAACAUCUCUCAGCAGAAGUGCUUUUGAGGAACUUGCUAUUCAAGUGUUUAUCAAUAGUAGUGUGAACUUGUGGUAAAUGUUUUCCAUGAGUGCUCGGGAAAUUUGUAAAACUUUAAAGUGACUUAAGUUCUUUAAUCGUUUUGUCUUUGGUUGCAACAUAUGUUGUAUCAUUUGGCCAAUAAAAUGUUGUACCUUUA